GGUAACUGGUUAACUGCGAUUCGAUGAAGCGAAAUGCCAAGAGGCAGAUAGUUGUAAAGUCUUCACAAAUGGGACCUGUUACCCACAUCCCUGCCUUUGAUUCUCUGGAUGAAGCACUUCGCUUUUUAUACCAGUUGUUCCCCUCCGCAUCCUUCAGACCGUCUGUUCGCCCCAUUAUCCUUAAGUCACAGCUGUAUGCUGUUAUUGAAAAUCGCACUUCUGUGGACAUCCAGUUGGGCGAACUCCACAAUUCUGGACGUCUUCGGAUGUUGAAGGUGGAAGAUGAAACUGAUGAUUCUCUUGGCAUAAUGACUGCUGAAGACUAUUACCUCGCAUUCCAAGAUGCGGGUGUGUCAGACUCGCACCCUACGGUGAUAAAUCGGUUUUGCAACUUAGUUCUUUCCGAACACCACGGCCUAAGUAUCAACAAAGCAUUGUUACUGCAACAUUUCACAGACGACGAAAUCACAAUACUUGUGCAUUCCGGUGCACUGACUAUUCGGUCAACUAACUUGUGGUGGAUCUCUUCACCGCAAUUGGGCCGCUUCCUCAGGGUGUACAAAAUCGGUCAGAAAUCACUGCUCACACUUCUACGUCGACAGCGUUUCAAGGAACUUUUACUACCAGCCAUCUUUUCUCGUGGAAUCGGGAAGGCUGCCUCCUUAGGUUCUCUGUACCAUAUUCUCGCCCACGUUGGGAACGCUACUUGCAUUUCUAUCCCAACAUCCUCGGGCUCCUUGAUCCGGCUGCGGACAUGA